GGUCUCAAACUCCUGACCUCAGGUGAUCCACCCACCUUGGCAUCCCAAAGUGCUGGGAUUACAGGCAUAAGCCACUGCACUCUUCACAGAAAUUUCCAAGGAAACUAUAUUUUGUACAUUGAUGGAAAUGUAUGGAAAGCAUACAUUUGGACCGAGAAACUAAUUCUCAAUGAAAAUUAUUUGACUGAAUUACAUAAGGAUUCAUUUGAAGGCCUGCUAUCCCUCCAGUAUUUAAUUCUCUAUUGCAAUCCUCUCACCACUGUUGAAGAUCCGUAUCUCUUUAAAUUGCCAGCAUUAAAAUAUCUAGACAUGGGAAAAACGCAAGUUCCACUUACAACACUUAAGAACAUUCUCACGAUGACUGUUGAACUGGAAAAACUGAUCUUACCUAGCCGUAUGGCCUGCUGCCUCUGCCAAUUUAAAAACAGCAUUGAGGUUGUCUGCAAGACAGUCAAGCUGCAUUGCAACAGUGCAUGUCUGACAAACACCAUACAUUGUCCUGAAGAAGCAUCUGUAGGGAAUCCAGAAGGAGCGUUCAUGAAGGUGUUACAAGCCCGGAAGAAGCACACGAGCACUGAGCUGACUAUUGAGCCGGAGGUGCCCUCAGACAGGAGUGGCAUCAACUUCUCCGGCUUUGGGAGUGAGCAGCUAGACACCAAUGACGAGAGUGAGGUUAUCAGUGCAUUAAGUUAUAUCUUGCCUUAUUUCUCAGCAGGAAAUCUAGAUGCAGAAUCAAUGUUGUUACCGUUCAUGAAACGGCUCUUUUCUAAUGAAAACAGCCUGGCAAAGAUUCAAAGUGUAGGCAACAACCUGCAGAGAGUGAACAGAGUCCUCACGGGCCCAAGGAGCAUCCAGAAAAGGCACUUCAAAGAGGUGGGAAAGCAGAGCACCAGGAGGGAAGAGGGUGCGCAGGCAUUUGUGGAGAGCGCUGCCCAAGAAAAAAGGCUCGGGAGCCCGGUCUCAAGGGAGCUGGAACAGCCUCAUAUAGAGCAGGGGCGUGAGAAGUUAGUGGGAAACACCGUCUACACCAAGCCUUCGUUCACCCAAGAGCUUAACGCAGCAGUCUCCUCUGUGCUGAAACCCUUCUCCAUGGGCGAGCCUUCUGCCUCCACCCCUGCAAAAGCCCUACCUGAGGUCAGAGACAGAUCGAAAGACUUAACCCACGCUGUUUUCAUUUUAGAAAAUGCAAAGGCUAGAGUUACAAAUAUGAAGGCUGCUAAACCAAUCGUACAUUCCAGAAAAAACUACCACUUUCAUAAAACUCGCUCCCGUGUGGCCCACACAACACCCAAGGUCAAAAAGAUUAGAAAGUUGAGAAAGGAAAGUUAUCUCGAUAGACUGAUGCUCGCAAACAGGCCGCUGUUCUCUGCAGCGAAGAGCCUCAUAAAUUCCCUUUCACAAGGGACUUUUUCAUCUUUAGGAGACUGGAGUCCUCAGGAAAAUCCUUUUCCUAAACUAUUUGAUCCUUCAGAACGUGUUAUAGAGAACACUAAUGUAAAGAACACAACUGCAAGAAAUGCCUUCGAAGCAAUCAUUUUUAUGGAAAACCCUACUAUGCCGGAAGACACCAUCUCUGAAAACACAACCUACAAUCCUCCUCCUGAGGCAGAUUCCGCUGGGACUGCGUUCAACUUAGGGCCAACUGUUAAACGAACCAAUCAGACACAAUGGGAAUACAACAAUGUGGGCACUGACCUGUCCCCCUAGCCCAAAAGCUUCAAUUACCUGUUGCUCUUGUCUGCAGGUGAUCAGUUUGAAAAUCAGCUAACCGAGCAGCUACGGUCCCUCAUCCCCAGCGAGGAUGUGAGAAGGUUUAUUUCUCAUGUUAUCCGGACCUUAAAGAUGGACUGCUCUGAAACCCGUGUGCAACUGACCUGUGCCAAGCUCAUCUCCAGGACAGGCCUCCUGAUGAAGCUUCUCAGUGAGCAGCAGGAAGUAAAGGCGUCCAAGGCAGAAUGGGAUACGGACCAAUGGAAAACUGAGAACUAUAUCAAUGAGAGCACGGAAGCCCAGAGUGAACAGAAAGAGCAGAAGUUGAGUGAGCCCACGAAAGAAUUUCCAGGAUAUGGCUAUAACAACAAACUCAUCUUGGCAUUAUUUGUGAGCGAAAUUCUAACGACUUUGAUUAUAAUUUUCUGCCUCAUUCAGGUAAGCACGACAAUUAAUUCAGGUUUUCAGAAUGCAGUCCUGUCUUUGUGUGGAUUCAGAGCUCACAAACUGAAAACCAAAGCCGCUUUCCCACCUGCUGCUACUUCACAUUCUUCUUCAGUCGGUUAA